CCAGCUCGGACCCCAGUGCGAUAAGGAAUGUGGGGCUUAUCGCUGGACUUGAAUGGCAGAGAGGCCUUGGACAAGAUAAUCGAGGCUUCAAAAACUGCGGCGGCACCAACGAAUCAUCCUUUCAUUAGAACUUCAAAAUAUCGCCUCAGCUAUGCCCUGUUCAAGGACUCGGACAAGCAUUUGAUAUUAUGUCCAUCCAGGCGCACCACGCCCCAGCCCCUGAAGCAUAUCGUCGAUCUAUCGUCAUUCGUCUGCAAGCCUUCCCCAGCUCUGCUGCAGGAGUCCGAUAUCGAAGCUCGCCAUCUCGCCUUGUCAUACCCUGGCUGACAAGUCGAGCAUAUUAGCCCGAGAGAUCCGUAGAUGGACGUGCUGGAAACCGACGGGUUGAGCGUCUUCCAGAACCAAAAGGAUCCCACGCAUGGCCCUACCGAGGAUGUCAGGAUGCUGAUAUGUAGCGUGCUUCAAGAUCCCAAGCUGUUGCGAGAACUAACUCAGCCGAGGUAGGGUGUUCUCGUGUUGCUAUCCGUCGAAGGGGUGUUGUCUGGGUGACUUGUGUACCAUGAUGGUCCAACAACGUCACGAUAUCGGGUGCUGGAUGACCCAAGUAACCCCGUGUUUGCUUUUGUACACACACAGAGAGAGCCAUGGGCGUGAUCCGGAUCGUCAGCUUUUUCCUUGCCUCGCCCGCCUUGUUAUCAGCAAAUUCUGAUUUUCCUACCUCUUUUUCUCAGUUGGUGGCAAGUGAUAUAGGGGGUUUGAAUGGUUGGGAAACGGGUGCGGUUGACCGAGGAGGCAAGCUUCUUAGCCCGGUGGCACGGAGGGAAUCGGGGUAUAAGAUGGGUGUUCUCUUCAAGAAUAUGAAGACUUCUGUAGCCAGUGUUGCCAGCCAAGUUUAAGAUCUAUAAAAGCGGAUCCCUUCAUCACCCGUGCUUAAAAACAACCCUGUCUCCAUCUUCACCGUUGUCAAAACCACGACUCAACAUCAAAGGUACCACAAAGCCGUCUUCAGACUCUGGAGCUGCUUCAGCCAGCUAAUUAUCGUGUCCGGCAGUCCCGCAGUACCCAGCUCCCAGCAUGUCCAAUAAAUGGUGCGACCACAAGACUAAACAUGGGUGCACCGCCAUGGUCACUGCCGGUAUCGCACUUUGCGACCAUUGUCAGGAUGGACACUGCGGAUUCGCCGAUGGUCAGCAGACUUGAGGCAAUUUCAGGAGUCUGAACAGGUCUUGAAGAAUGGGUCAGUUGGGCCACCGUUUCGGGGACAUUUGGGGGAUGUUCAACAGAGUGUCUCGUUCUAAAAGCAGCUAUGUUGUCUAUUUGGAGCGUUUGUCGUUUUGUCAGCAUACAGGAGCGGCGUGUAGGUGGAAGGUCAUUGGCGAGAGACUUUGGUGCUCAAGGCUAUAGAGGGAUAUCUUGGAACUGGG